AUGGCCAAGGGAAAGACUCCGGUUGGAGUGCACAAUAAACACCUCUACAGCCGUCUCUCCUUUCUCUAUCAGGCCGCAGCACACCUCGCCGAGGCGAGCAGCAACAGGAAAGAGCCUGCUGCCAACGACGAUGCGACAGGCAAGCCAGGCGAGACCAGGCACCCGGCGCCUCAGCAUCUAGAAGGAGUGUCCCGGCGCCUCGCCACAGACUUCCGCGCAGUGGGCCUGAAGACGCAGAUCCGCGCCAGCCCCUCGAUGAAGCGCACCAUCUGCAAGUCCUGCGAUACCUUCCUCAUCGAGGGACAGACAUGCACCUCGGCCGUCGAGAACAAGAGCAAGAACGGCCGCAAACCCUGGGCAGACACGCUGGUCAUCAGCUGCAACACCUGCGGCGCCCAGAAGCGUUUCCCUGUCGACUCGCCUAGGCAGAGGCGCAAAUCACAGCGGCGUUCACCGGCAAGCGGCCAAGUCACGGUGCCGGACGAGAAGGUUGCAUGA